UUUAUGAUAUUCAUUUUAGCUCAUAACGUGAGUGUAAUUCGGAAUUUGUGUAUGCAAACAGUUGCUAAUUAUGGAUCUUGAUAAACAGCUACUUGGGGCAAAGGUGAAGAUCAAGACAUGGGAGAAACAAUUUAUAAGGCUCAAUCUUCGAGUUCCUGAGUCGGCGGACAUAAAAACAGCUCCGGCCGAUAUUCGAGCCGCGUAUGUGGCGUAUUUCAGAUAUAAAAAGCGUCAAUCCGAAGCGGAUGUUGCCCAACGGCAAAGUAGUGAUGACAGCGCUGAAGUUUGGGGUGAACACUUCAAUGUCAAACAUCGUGAAGCGGGACAAAAAGCUUGGUCGACACAGGAACGGUUUGCCGACAAAAUAAAGAAAACGGUAUUAAGCGGAAGUCCUCUUUGGCGUAGCGGACUGGGGAAACAAAUUCCAUCGCUGGCGCCAUGUCAAACAGAGAAUGAGACCCCAGUGGCUAUUGAAAUUGUUAAAGAGCGUAAGGUUUCUUGUCAUGAUGGGAAUCCCUCUGCAGCACAACUGGAAACGGGCCAUAACUCCGGAGAGAAUAAUUUAACCGGGCAGUCGGUAGAUAAACUUUUGGAUCUAGAUAACGACCUCUGCGAUACUACACAGGCUGCUGACGAAGCGAACGAUGCCGAUACAAAUAGCCCACCAUUGAGAGGUAUUGGAAGCCCCGUUAAAGCCCAACAAUUGAUGAAACAUCGUGCUGUCUUUCUCAACAGGAAUCUCAACGCUGAUUGGUUAGAAAGAAACGCAGAUAUUUCAGAGGUUUCUAAAAAACAACCGGAGGAAGUAACAUCAUCGAUGAGUCCUUCGGCUGUUCUGGAAACAAAGAUGAUACCUCAAGCAGGGAUCCGUAUUAAGCUCAGUCAAAUAAAAAACUUCCAAAUCGAUAUAAAGUCAGCUUCAGAGGUGGAUGAAGCCAUUAAGAAUGCCAAGAACGCUACAAUAGCUGGACACUCCGAUGCAGAGCUCGGUGAAACCCUUGAAAAGCAGGAAAUUCGGCCAACGGACGACGUAAUAUCUUUCGAAGAUGAGUUCGCACAGCAAAUGAAAGGCCGUUCUGAUACCGCGAAUGUCCGUCGUAUGAAGACCCAUCAUAAAUUCAAUGCUCAAACCAAACCAGUAGAAGACGCUGUUUUAGACAAGGAAGAAAUUGUUAUUGAUUGGAAGGUCGUCGAUCACGACUGGCAAGACGACAUCGAGCUUGAAACCGAACAUACCCCAAAGAGGCAAGGCAGCAGGAUAAUGGAAUCGAGCUUAGAAAAUCGCGAGGACAACGGGACGAACGAAGAUAACAAACGAAAAUUUAUUAGUGCAAAUUCCCCUGAAAAGCACAUAGGAACCCCUGCAUCUCGAAAUAUCUUGGACCCGUUUCAAUGGAAUGAACAGGAGCGUCGAGAUGAGUCCACAAAUCAGCCUGUGCGGCAACUUUAUCCCAAAGAAAAAGUUCGCGUAGCAGAAACAGACAAGGCUGAUGUUAAGGAACUUCGAAAGAAGGGAGUAAAAGUUCACGCUUUAGCAAAGCGGCAACUGGAAAUUAAACCACAGAGAACCAAAACUAAAAAAUUACCGCCUGAAACAACCUCUUCAGUAAAAAUUGGACGAAAGCGUGCUCGGAAUACCAGCGAUGAUCUUAUUGGUCAAAGCGAGGAAGAACAUGUAUGCGCUUUGCAGAUUGUUAGGAGGUAUACUGGCGCUGAAGGCAGCGAAAAUGAAAGUCAGUUGAUUGACGGAGCGGUUAAAAGAGCCAAAAUGUCAGUGAAGUCACCUGAUGACUAUGAAGAAGAUUGUUCAGGCAGUGUUAGCUCAAAACCCAUAAAGAUGACUAGCAUAGAAAGACGAAUGACAAAUGGUACAUUGAACGAAAACUUCGUUAAAGCCAACCUUCGUAAAAAAACGUACUCGCGGGGUUUGAAAAAGCUCAAUUUUAAGAAGUAUAAGUUCGAACAAUGGAAACAAGCAAAACAGGAAAGUCAGAGCGGAUUGUGUAGUUGGGGUGAACCUGAUAAUGACGUUCGUAUGAGCAAAGUGGAGUGCUUCAAAUGCGGCGGCUUUGGUCACUGGGCUAGGUACUGUGUUUCGAAAGCAACAUCUGCUCAGGAGGACAAUGAGCCUCCAGAAGAGAUUCAUAUCCCGACGCUCGAAGAAGCUGCAGCUCUUGCGAAAGGUAUCCGGAACGCUGAACCAGUACAGCUUACUUCGCCUAAACAAAACCAGCCAACCUCAUCAAGAGUCGCCUCUACACAAGGGUCCGCGGUAUUACGACUGUGCGUUGCUGAAGCUGCAAAACUUGAUUCACAUGAAUUGUGCUCGUCUGAAGUUAAAAGUAGUCAAUUCGAAGUAGACGAAACGGAGGAAGAGAUUGAACAAGUGAUGUCACAAAUUCCUCUUGAUUAUACGAAGAAAAACGAUACCACAGACGGCAAAAACCAAGGCGAGGACGCUCGUUUUAAGACCAUUGUACCUCUUGAACCGAUCGAUGGUUUAGAGGUAAAAAGGUAUCUACACGAGCUAGGAUUUCAAGAGUUCCGUCCCGGCCAAGAAGCUGUUGUCAACAGGAUACUUAAAGGUCAGUCAACGCUUAUGGUGUCUUCAACUGGUUCCGGUAAAUCGCUGUGUUAUCAGCUGCCAGCGUACAUUUACGCGAACAAAAUGACUUGUGUCACCCUUGUGGUAUCACCGCUAAUUUCACUGAUGGAAGAUCAGGUCACAGGCUUGCCCGGCAAACUGAAGGCUGUGUACCUUCACUCAGGAAUCACACCGCAGCAGCGCGAAAAAACAAUUGAGCUUAUCAAAGAAGGACAGGUUCAUGCGGUCUUGGUUUCGCCAGAAGCUGUUGUUGCUGCUGGCCAAGGCGGUUCUCUUUUGGCAGGUCUUCCACCGAUCGCAUUCGCCUGCAUUGAUGAAGCUCAUUGCCUCUCUGAAUGGUCACACAACUUCCGCCCAUCUUACCUUCAACUCCACAAGACGCUUCGUGAGAGACUGGGUGUCCAAUGUGUUUUGGCGUUAACGGCUACAGCUACAAGAUCCACUUGUAAAGAUAUCGCUCACCACCUACAAAUCGACCAAGAUGGAGUUGUCGGUUUGUUUAAGCUACCGGACAACCUCGUGCUCACUGCCUCGAAGGAACUGGAUAGAGACAGGGCUCUGAUCAAUCUAUUUAAAAGCGAGCGUUUCUCAUCAUGCAACUCUAUCAUCGUUUACACAACUCGAAGAGACGAGACGGAACGAUUAGCUGCUCUCAUUCGGACGUCGAUGCAGGACAAAUUAAGAACAAAUGAACAAUUGGCCAAAAUGAAGCGACAGCGAAAUAAAGCUCGAGACGUCCUUUGCUGGGAUGCUGAGGCAUAUCACGCGGGACUUACGCCAGCUAAGCGAAAAUCUGUUCAAAACAAAUUUAUGAGAGGCCAAAUUCGCGUAGUAGUAGCCACCGUCGCUUUUGGAAUGGGCAUAGACAAAGCUGAUAUACGGGCGGUUAUUCACUAUAACAUGCCAAAAAGUUUCGAGAAUUACGUUCAGGAGGCCGGUCGAGCAGGACGAGAUGGGCAACGAAGCGACUGUCAUUUGUUCCUCGAGUUCAAAAACGAAGACAGAAACGAUAUCAAACGACAUAUAUUCGCUGACUCGACGGACCGGUUUGUACUGCGCAAGUUUUUAGAAAAGGUGUUUGAGCCGAUGAAGCGCCUUAAGGACGCCAUACACAAAAUGCCUCACUAUGAGGUGGCCCUCAAUAUUGAACAGAUGAUCGAGUACUUGGAUAUGAAAGAAGAAAACAUACUCACUUUGAUGUGCUUCCUUGAAUCACAUCCAAAUAAGUUCAUUCAGCUAAAACAUAGGGUUUAUGGAACUGCGACGGUGAAAUGCUAUGGAGGACCUUCGCAGUUUGCAUCUUUGGUAAAAACGUCUCCAGCACUGGCUGCUGCUUUGGCUUUAAAGAAGAAAUUUGGUGAGUUGAAAGAUGAUGAGAAACCCAUGAAUACGAUGAGUUUUCCAGUGGUUGAAGUGGCCACUUUUAUGGGCUGGGACUCAAGGCUGGUCAAAAGAGACCUCAAGAAACUCGAAUGGGACGAUUCACGAGUUGCCGCAGGUGGCUCAUAUCGUAAGACAGGUGUAAUAGUUGAAUUUUCUGAUAUAUGCUUCCACCUGUAUGUGUCAUCCGAUUUGGGUAACUUAGACGAGGACGAAGUGCUGGAAUAUCUUCUCGAACGAAUUACAGAACAAGAAAAGUUACAACUUGAAAGGUUGACCAAAGUUUUCAGUGCAUUUAAGCACGUUGCUUUUCAGUCAGGGGAGGGAGAUGACGAAGUCGAUAUAGAGCGCAGUAACCGAUUAAAAUGGAUCAUUGAGAACUACUUUAACGAGGAACCUCUGGGCAUUGAAGUGGAUGAAGAUUUCAACAAGGCAAGUACUGAAGACAUAGAUGAGGACUACCUUCGAGGAGACAUUCGAUCACUAAUUCACUCUCAGCCUGAUCAAACUUUUACCGGUAGAGCCAUCGCUCGAAUCAUGCAUGGUAUAGCUUCACCGAAUUACCCCGCUCAGGUGUGGGGUCGUCUUCGACGAGUCUGGCGUAGUCAUCUAGAAGUAGACUUUCAAACGCUCGUACGGAUCGCCAAUAACGAAAUCGUUCGGUGGAGGUCAGGUAUUAAUAAUAGUUAGUCAGCAAAUCAAUUAGGACCUUCAUCCGGAUUACAGUGUCUGCUUACUAAAACUACUUGAUUUUACACAUUGUUUUUUGAACCUAUCCUUUCGCUCCAACGAUAUGAUAAAACUAGUUGGUAGUUGUUAUUUAACCGAAAUACGUAGUGAAGUUCUAAGAAAUGUCAAUUUUUUUUUAACUGUAUUUUUUCAAUGCAUUGUGAUAUGCUAAUAGAUAAUUGAAAACAGUGUAGGUACGUAUAUCGUCCAUACGAACCGCACAUAAUAAUAUGUGCGUUAAUAAAAGAUAAAAAAAAAUGAUAAUUUCCUCAUAUAUUUACCUUAGUAUGUUUAGUUAUAAGAUAUGAUACUGAAUUAUCGGAACUAUGGGUCUGUAUACAGUGUAUCUGAAUGUGUAUCUUAGCCAGUUAAUGAGUAUUUUUAAGCUAAAGUGAAGACGAACAAAUUUUAUUUUCUUCUCAUUGUAGAGUAUUUUGUAUAAAUAAAAAUAGAAUAUUUGUGAUGUGAUUUUAGAA